AUGUUUGCAUGUCCAAACCUUGUGGGCUCGUUUCCAGCGGCUCCCAAGCUCACCAAAUUUAAUUUAAAUAACCGUUUACGUACACAUCUAUCAUAUUCUUCUGGGAAGUGGUUUCUUGAGGUUCUAGAAGAUUCCUUACUGAAGGGCAACAAGCGAGCUAGUGGUGUUUUCUCUUCUAUCACUGAAAUUGAAAUCCAUGGAUGUAAUUCACUCAAGAGCUGUCAGCUAGACAUUUUGCCUCACUUUUCUAAAUUUACAAUUACAUACUGUCUAGGUCUUGAAUCUCUUUGUAUUCUUGAGGGACCUCUCCUGUAUCUCCAUCAAUUGGUAGUCAGAAGGUGUCCUAAUCUGAAGUCGCUGCCAGAAAACAUGUAUUCUCUCCUCCCUUCCCUUGAGGAAUUGGAAUUGAGCUCACUUCCAAAAGUUUAUUCGUUUCCAAUAGGGCGCUUGCCCUCCAAGUUAAACUCACUUUGCAUCCGAGAUUGUAUCAAACUCAACGUAUUAAGUCCAUUGCUACAAUCCCUCCUUUCUCUUUCGCACUUCAGUUUUGGUGGGGAUGGUGACGUGAAGUCCUUCUCUAAUGAGACACUGCUGCUGCCCUCCACUCUUACAUCUCUUGAAAUUCACAAUCUGAGAAAUCUGAAAUCUCUGGACUACAAGGUGCUUCAGCACCUCACCUCUCUUCAGAAUCUAAAGAUCUGUCGAUGUCCUAAGCUUGAGUUCAUCCAAGAAGAGUUGCUGCCAUCCUCCAUUGAACACCUUGAAAUCUUGAAUUUGAAAGAUCCGGACUACAAAGGGCUACAGCACCUAACCUCUCUUCGCGAAUUGAAAAUCUGGAGUUCUUCUAAGCUUGAGCCCAUCCCGGAAGACGUGGACUACAAGGGGCUUCAACACCUCGGCUCUCUUCGCCAAUUGAAGAUUUGCGGAUGUCCAAAGCUUGAGUCAGUGCCAGAAGAAGGGCUGCCUCCCUCCCUUGAAUACCUUGAAAUCGGGAAUCUGGAAAAUCUGAAAUCUCUGAAUUACAAGGGGCUUCAGCACCUCAACUCUAUUCACCAUUUGAAGAUCUGGAGGUGUCACAAGCUUAAGUCCAUGCCAGAGCAGGGGCUGCCUUCCUCCCUUAAAUUUCUUCAAAUACUUGAUUGUCCUUCGCUUCCAAAAAGGUGUAAAAGGGAGACGGGGGAAGAUUGGCCCAUGAUUUCUCACAUCCCCCGUAUAACCAUAUAA